AUGGACAUCAGUGCUGAAAGAAGUUAUUUUUUGGAAGCGUUACGCUUCUUUUACGAGACGCAAUGGCUUCAUAAUGUACCAGUAACCGAAAUAUUAACUAAAGCAUCUUUAGAUGCGAUUCCCGAAGAAUGGAUGGAACAUCUACAAGAUUUGGAAAAUGAGGAACUUAAUAAUUUCGUAGUGGAAAAGACAAUAAAGUCCAAUUGGCCCAAUUCCUUAAAAACGUAUGUCGCCAAAUGCAAGAAAAUAAAUAGACUGCCACCCGUACCUGCAUUAUCCUCUAUAGAGCUGCCGAAAGAUUUUAAAAUAGGUCUCAGUCAAAAGAAACAACAUGAAAUAAUGCACUUGGCUCAUUUAGUGGACGUACAAUGUAAGCAGCAUGAUAUACAAACGAUCAUCGAUCUAGGCGCAGGUUUGGGAUACAUAUGUCAAAUGUUGCAUUACUUGCACGGUUAUCGAGUCUUAGGAUUGGAAAGAGACAAAGAAAAUGUUAACAGAGCUUUCACUAGGCAGAAAAAAUUGUAUCCCGAUUCUUUGACUAAUGUUAAAUACGUUCAUUGCGACGUAACGUGUGAUUCGGCCGACGCGAUAGAAACCAUUCUGCGACGGGAAUUUCCUGAUGUUACAGACGUAUGCUUGAUUGGCCUGCAUGCCUGCGGAGAUCUCAGUAUAAGCGCAUCAAGAAUCUUCUGCAGAAUGAAAUCCGCUAAGCUCUUCAUUCUGAUUUCCUGUUGUUACCACAAGCUUUCGAUCUCUAAAAGUGUACAGAUUCCGUUGCAAGAAAAACAGUACUUUCAUAAUUUUCCCACAUCUAAUUGUUUGCGAGAAAUAAUCGCGGCGUAUAACUUUGAUGUAGGAGAAUUCUUAAGAAUACCAUUUUUGCGAUUAGCGUGUCAAGAAUCGGCGGACAAGUGGAAUGGAAUGUCCAAAGAAAAGCACGACGAACAUUCCUUUCACGUUCUUGCUAGAGCUGUUCUUGAAUUGUAUUCACGACAAAAUAAUUGUAUUCUCAAUAAAAAAGUUCGAAAAGGCACGAGAAAGUCGCAAUGUUCAAAUUUUCAAACUUACGUCAAAGACUCAUUACUGAGAUAUGAUUUGGUACCAGAUACGAACAAAGCAGACAGUGUAAUUACGCGUGAUGAAAUGGAGAAGGACAUGACGCGAGUAUGGGAGGAACAGAGUGCAAAAUUGAAAGCUGUAGAAAUCUUCACUGGAUUGCAAAUGAUGCUACAACUGCCGGCGGAGUCACUGAUCCUACAAGACAGAUUAUACUGGUUAUACGAACAGGAUUUAGAGGCUGCCACUGUGCCUGUAAUGAACAAAUGUGUUUCUCCUCGUUCGUACGCGAUCGUGUCUCACAAACGCUAA